UCAUAGUGAGAAUCGAGCCUCUGGUGUGUGUGUGUGUGUGUGCGCGCGUGUGUGUGUGCAGCUCUCCGACAAGCACGGUGCAGUCAUCGCUGACAGUCCCGAGCUCUUCGGUCUAUAGUCGUGCUACAGCUGCUCGCGCGUCCGCCACGCUACGCACAGAAAUUUUCCGUAAGAAAAUUUGCCAAGAUGAUGGAUACUAUUCGCGAUAUGGCCAAAGGGCCUCUCGAUACUUACAGGAGGAAGGCGAGUUUUGACUGGAAGUCCAUGAAAUUGCAUCUCGAAGGACAGGAUUGCAUUAAAUUUCAGAACAAAUUAUGGGACCUCGUAGAAACUCAUCCAGCUUUUAAAAAAACGACAAAAGAAUUGAACCUGGACGAAACGAGGCAACGCUGUAAUGCUAAAAUUCACGCAAUCAUCGAGGCUGACAUUCUACCAACGGACAAUAAUACGUGGUUCAAUCAUUUAUUCUACGUCGAUCCAUCAGCACCGGUGAAAAUUGGAGUAGUUUAUGGAAUGGUGCCCAGUACUCUUGUAUCGCUGGGUACGGAUCAGCACUUUGAAUACAUUCAACAAAUGGCCGAAGGAAAGUUCAGCGGGUGCUUCGCCUUGACGGAAAUUGGCCAUGGCACAAAUGUCAAGGGUAUGCGAACGCAGGCCACGUAUAACCCGAAAACGCAAACUUUUGUCCUACACUCGCCAGAUUUCGAAGCCGCCAAGUGUUGGGUUGGUGGGCUGGGAAAAACAGCGACUCACGCAGUUGUCUAUGCCCAACUCUACACUCCUGACGGUGUAUGUCAUGGAUUGCAUCCGUUUGUUACCAAAGUCCGCGAGCCCGAAACUAUGUUGCCCCCCAAAGGUGUACAAGUUGGCGAUUUGGGUGAAAAAAUUGGUCUCAACGGAGUCGACAAUGGCUUCGUCAUGUUCACCAAUUAUCACAUUCCACGAACAGCUUUGUUAAAUAAACAGUCCGACGUUACACCUGACGGGAAAUACGUCACCAGCGUUAAGGAUCAGAGUAAGCGAUUCGGUGCAUCACUGGGUGCGUUGUCGGCUGGUCGAGUGACAAUUGGUUCUAUGUGCUCAUUUUAUUCGGCUUUGGCAGUAACUAUUGCUAUAAGGUAUUGUGCUUCCCGAAAGCAGUUUGGACCCAAUCCGAAAGAAGAAUGGCCCGUUAUCGAGUAUCAAGUUCAGCAAGGACGUCUUAUACCUCACUUGUCAGCCACAUAUGCAAUGCGUAUCUUCGCCACGAACUUCCUCAACAUCAUGUGGGAGUUUCAACAGAACUUGAUCGCUGGUGAGAGCAGCGAUCUUAUGUCAGCUCUAGGCAUGGAAAUUCACGCCCUCUCGUCGGCAACCAAACCACUUUGCGCUUGGACCGCCCGCGAUGCCAUACAAGAUUGCCGCGAAUCUUGCGGUGGUCAUGGCUACCUUAAAGUCUCUCGAUUAGGAACAUUAAGACAAGAACACGAUGCAAACUGCACUUACGAAGGCGAAAGCAACGUUUUAAUUCAACAGGCUAGUCAGUGGUUAUUGGGCCAGUAUGCAAAUGUUCUCAAAGGUGGCCGAGUUUUGUCGCCACUCGAUACAGCCUCUUUCUUAGAUGAUUCCCAUAACAUCCUAAAAUAUUCGUUCAACCAUUAUACGAUCGAAGAUACAAUGAGACCAGAGAAUCUUCUGAAUUGUAUGAAAUGGAUCACUUGUUAUUACAUGCAGAAAACACAUGAACUGGUAUCUUCUUUCAAACAAUCUGGCUACUCUGAUUUUGAAGCUAGAAACGAUUCGCAAUUGUUCAAUGCUCGAACUUUAACGUUGGUGUACGGAGAGCACGCCUUGACUCAGCAAUUCAUUAAAAACAAUAGUAAUCCUGUUUUCACUAGCGACGAGAAACGAAUUUUGGACAAGCUAUGCUCGUUGUAUGCUGCUUGCAAUAUUGAAAAGAGACUUGGUGACUUUUACUCUGGUGGAUUUGCGAUGCUCAAUAGUAAAAUGGACAGUCUCAUUCGUCAAGGUAUUAUUUUAUUGUGCAGAGAACUGGUCGCUGAAUCCGUUAGUCUAGUAGAUGUUUUGGCACCACCUGAUUCCGUUAUUGAUUCACCUUUGGGCAUGUCGGAUGGAAACAUCUAUAAACAUUUAGAAGAAGCAAUCAAAAGCAACCCUGAAUGCUUAAAACGACCCUCUUGGUGGCGAGAGAUUUUGAAAUCAAAAAUGUGAUUACUGGUGCUUUGGGGAUAUAGAUUUAUAUUUUUAAUUAAUAUAGGCAAUGAAAGUUUAUGGUAUUUUGUUAUGAAUUUUAUAUAAAAAAAUUUUUAAUGUUUAUAAAUAUUGUUAUGCAUUAUGUACAUACAAAGUGAUUUUAUAGAUUCAUAAAUAAUUCAAUAAAAAAGGGUUCAUAGUCUUUUUUAAAUUUA